UAGCUAGCUAGCUAGAUAGCACAGAGUUGACUAAGCUAUUACUGCUGCCGAAAAAGACAAGAGGAGCUGCCACUAGAGACAAGCCAUGGGAGUAGGCCGCUCCAAGUCCAUGUCCAUCUCCUAUGAGGAGGCAUGCAAGAGAGUGCCAGGGCCUGUGCUGACAAGACUCCAGGAGACCUUCAAGAGACUGUCCUCAGUGAGUGGUGCUCUACCACAACUCACCUUCAUGAGAGAUGUCCUGGGAGACGCUGUACCCAUCAAGUUAGCCGAGGCUAUCUAUGAAUCGUUUGGAGGGGGCCAGAAGGGGAUUUCCCUCAAGGACCUCGUGUGUGGUCUGGUGCUACUGUCCUAUGGCUCUCAACACGAGAAAGCACGCUUCAUUGGUCAGUUGGUGUGCGGAGAAAGUGACAAGGUUACGAGAGAGAGACUAGAUCAACUCGUCAUUGAUUGCGAUGGUGCUCCACCCACCGUAUCCCUUGACGACCUGUUCCCUGGUGACACUACUACUUCCUCACUGGAUAUUUUUGAGAGCUGGUUAUGUACACACAAGUCGUUAGCCUCAUUCUCAGCAUGGCUACUAGGAGAGGGGGGUGGGCUUAUACUAGAGGGCCCUCCAGAUCCACCCACCUUCCAUCAAACACUGGCAGGACGCUACGGUGUAGAUCAACAAGUUAUCAUGGAUCUAGAGAAGUGUUACUGGUCUCUCAAAGGAGGUAGUGGUAAGUUUGACCUCUCAACUCUGACCUCUUACGUGAACCCUCCUCUCCCGGACGACCUUUGUGAGGACUUGUUCCGUGUGAUGGACUUGAACCUGGAUGGCCAUAUUGACUUGACAGAGCUCAUAGAAGUGGUGGCACUCGUGUGUAGAGGAAGUGGGGACGACCCACACAAGUUUUGCUUCAGAUUGUUUGAUCGUGAUGAAGACAACCUGUUGUCCAGAGAUGAGCUAGUCACUGCAGUGUCCAUACUCCACACAAUCAGGGACAUUAACACAUCACCUGAUGAUACUACAGUACCAGAGGAGGUCACCUCCGAGGAAGUUGCUGACUCAGCACUACAGGCUCACAGCAAGGAGAAGGAAGGCCACCUCACGGCAGACGAAUACUUUAACUGGACCAAUGAGUGUGACUUGGGUAGCCAUCUUGUCAAGAUACUAGUAGAGAUUUGCCACAUCAAGUUUGGACUCCGACCUUCGAACCCUGAACUAGAAGGUAGCGUGGUCAACGGCUAUCUCAACAGGUUUCGCAAGUCUGGCCGUUGCCAUGGUGACACGGUGUACAUCAUUCCCAGUGAGUGGUUCACUCAGUGGAGAGUGUACACAUCUCAAGAGGUCGAGAGUCCAACAAAACAUCACAAGAAGAACAAACGUAGUAAGAGCAAGUCUAGAUCCAAGUCCACCCAGUUGACCACACCCCUUCCUGUCACACCCCCUCGUUCCCACAGCAUGCCUGGGGAGGCUAUAGAGUUGGGUAGUAUUGUCCCGGCUAGUGUCACUGCUGAAGCUCGUCCUCCACCACCACCCAUUGAUAACGCUCCUCUGUGUGUACCCGAGGUGACAGGCUCUAAGAAACUACCCUCUCUUACUAAUGAAGGUGGGCGGUUGGUGAAGUCACGGCUUCUGGUAGAGGGCAAGGAUUACGUUGUAUUGCCUGAGGUCGUGUGGAAGGUCUUCAUCUCAUGGCAUGGCACUACUGGAUAUUCAAUUCCCUCUCUACCACGCAUUGUGGGUCCCAGUGGACAAGUUGACUUGUAUCCGUUAGUGUUCAAGUUAUAUCGGCACACUACCAACCCAGCCCCUGCCAAGUCCUCCAAUCUCCCCUGGCCAUUAGCCUCUCUAUUGACUAGUGUGGGGUUGCUUAGUAGCACUCCUACUGUGAGUGCCCCCCUCCUCACUGCUGGGGGGGAUGAGAGCGGUGCAGCUCCUCAACCACGACGUGUACCUUACUACCAAGCAGCCUUCCCUAAGUCAACCACUCUAGCACAGGUGAGUGAGGCUAUCCAGGCUGUACUGCGUGUCAAGAGUGAGGACUUGAGACUGUACAACUAUUCUAGUGAAGACCCAGUGCUCUUGGAGGAAGAUGGUGUUACACUAGAGCAGCUUGGCCUGACAGAAGGGGACAAGCUGCUAGUGGAGACUCGUAACAAGGACAACUCGUGGCCAGAGGAGAUCAUAGCAAUACUCAAGGAGGUCAUUGUCAAAGACAAACCAAAGCAACCUGUGGUAGAGGUCAAAGUUCCUCAGGGGGCUACCGGACUCAGUAACCUUGGCAACACAUGCUUCAUGAACUCUGCACUCCAGUGUGUGAGCAACACACGACCUUUGACGACCUAUUUCCGUGAGAGAGACCAUCUCUCUGAGGUCAACAAGGACAACCCCCUCGGGACAGGGGGUGUGCUAGCCAAGAGAUAUGGUGAGCUAAUUGAUGACCUUUGGACCGGCAACUCCAAGAGCAUCACUCCACUCAAGUUCAGAUUCACAGUGGGACGAUAUGCUCCUCAGUUCAAUGGGUUCCAGCAGCAAGAUUGUCAGGAGCUACUAGCAUUUCUAUUGGACGGACUCCAUGAAGAUCUGAACAGAGUCAAGGACAAGGCAUAUCGUGAGCUGGGUGAUUCUGAUGGUCGUGAUGACAGUGUGGUGGCCAAGGAGGCGUGGGAUUACCACCUCUCCAGAAACCAGUCCAUCAUCGUGGACCUAUUCCAGGGACAGCUCAAGUCUGUGGUGACGUGUAAGGAGUGCCAGUUUAGUAGCGUGCGCUUUGACCCCUUCACUUUCCUAUCUCUUCCACUGCCGAUGGAGAGUACAGUUAAUCUAGAGGUCAUAGUGGUACUAUUGGAUGGGAGUCAACCAUUGAGAUACGGUCUCAAGUUAGAGCUAGAUGAUAAGUAUCGACAGCUCAAGCGUGCUGUCUGUGACUUGAGUGGACUAGAGCCAGCGGACAUUCUGCUAGUAGAGGUGUACGGUGGAAUAGUGCGGAGCAUUCCCUCUGACUCUACCAAGAUACGCUCCAUGUUGGGUGGGUGGUUGUAUGCGUAUGAGAUCCCUCCAGCCCCAACACUUACGCCCACGGCAAGAGCAGACUCUCCUGAUGAGGCUCGGAGGGUAGCAAAGGUCACAGAGGUCAGACGAGAGAGAGCUAUGUCACUACACACAAUUGAAGAGGAACGGAAAAGAGCGCGACUAGCACAAGCCAACCUAUCAUCAUCUGUAUCACAUGACACUACUGAUGAUAUAGAGAUCCAAGCAGUUGAUACCACGCCCCCUGAUGACACACCUCCUAGUAACACAGCUACUGACACGCCCCCUAGUAACACAGCUACUGACGCACACCCUAGCAACACAGCUACUGACACACCCCCUAACGACGCAUCUGUAGAGUCACCUGACAUUGAGAGCGUGUCACCUGACUUGGUUGCUAGGAGACCACAGUCCCCGGAACCUUCCAGGAGUGGACUUGAGGGAAGCGAUGGAUUUGUGUUUGCAUUUCAUCGCAGGACAUUCUCAGUGGAGAACUACUUUGUGGCCUCUCAAAAGACUCGUCCUGCUAUAUUCGGCACACCAGUUGUUGUGCCUUGUGAUGGUAGCUCACAGAGAGCGGCUCUGUAUGACUGUGUGUGGGGACAAGUGAAGCGCCUUAUGAUACCAGACCCUCCCAACAGAACCAGGUCCCCAGAGCAUGGAAGUCAGUACCCCUUUGUGUUGAAGCUGGUGUCUAAGGAUGGGCUGACUUGUAGCCAGUGUCCUUGGUAUGAGUUCUGCAUUGGUUGCCCUCUACCUUGUGAUGAGAGCCCUCUUGGUAGGACCUCUGGUUAUAUUGCUGUGGACUGGGACAAUACAACACUGCACCUCAAGUACCAGUCAGCACAGGAAAGGCCCCUGGAGCAUGCCAGUAUGGAGAGUCUAAAGGUCAUUGAUACCAAACCUAUUGAUUUGUACGAUUGUUUCAAAGCUUUUGUGCGUCAAGACGAGUUAGGGGACGAGGAGUCAUGGUACUGUAAGAGGUGUCAAACUCAUCGCGAGGCUAUCAAAAGUUUGGAGAUAUGGAGACUCCCUCCGGUGUUGAUUAUUCAUUUAAAGAGGUUUCAGUUUUUCAACGGACGUUGGGUAAAGUCUCAAAGAGAUGUCACCUUUCCAUUGAACCUUGACCCCACUCGCCACACAGCACACAAUAGCAACGGCCAUGAUCAUGAAGAUGAGGAGGCGUCUGAUGAACCAAUGGAAUUGCAGACAGAGUCACAUGACAUUGCCAUGGAGACGGACACACCACAUGAUGUUGCCAUGGAUACUGACACACCACAGGACGUGUCAUGUGAUAUACAGCCUUCUGAUGACUCACAGCUCUACAAACUGUUUGCUCUCUGUGUCCACUCAGGCAUGAUGGGAGGAGGUCACUAUGUCUCCUUUGCUAAGAACCCAAACACCAGCUGGUACUACUUCAAUGAUAGCAGUUGCAAGGAAACCUCAGAGGAUCGUGUGCUGGAGGAGUCUCCAUAUUUACUCUUCUAUGAGCUACAAGAUCUCGACUACAACAAGUUCAGAGGGCAAAGAUCAGGGGCCAAAGGUCAAGAUGUAGGCGCAGACGAUGAUAGAGAGUUCGAAGAAACUUUGAAAAACUUGAGAAAGAGUUGUUCUAUUCAGUAGAUGUUUUUAUAAAAUUAAUGCUUUUCGCUUUUCCUAGUGAUUCUUUUAAUUGUGUGUGUGUGAUAAUCCCACGAAAUGCAUAGUUGUGUUAUACAAUUGGUUUGUGUUAUCCUUGUGUGUUGCUAUCGUAUUACUUGUAUACACUUG